AUGUUGAUGAAUUGCUUGACCAGACACUCGAUCGCCCUUUCUCGCGUCGUUGUCCCAGAAUCAAGACUUCUCAAGCGGAACUUGUCAUCUGACCGCCAAACCUUCAAGGUUAUAGCCCUCGAGUCUAGCGCUGACGACACAUGUGCUGCCAUUGUCGACAACCACCGCAACAUCUGGUCGAAUGUGAUAGCAAGACAGAAUUCUCUCCACGAAAUAAACAACGGCAUCCAUCCUCUUCAUGCACUCCAUGCUCACCAGCGUAACAUGGCGCGUCAUAUUAUUCUUUGGUCCGCUACCCGCUCACUUCAAGUCAAGCCAAUGGUGGUGCGCAAAGCACUGGACGAUGCUAACCUGACCAUGAACGACAUCAACGGCGUUGCCUUCACAAGAGGACCUGGCAUCACUGGUUGUUUGACUGUGGCUGCCAAUGCUGCAAAAACACUGGCUGCUGCGACCGCAAAACCUUUGGUUGGAGUUCACCAUAUGCAAGCUCAUGCUCUUACAGCUCAGCUCACUUCGUCCUCGCCUCCAGAAUUUCCAUUCCUUUGCCUUUUGGUUUCUGGUGGUCACACAAUGAUUGUCCUGGCCACCACGGUCUGGGACUGGAAAAUCUUGGCCACCAGUGCCGACCGUGCCAUAGGUUCUGCAAUCGAUCGUGUGGUAACCCUUCUGCAAAUUCCGUGGACAGAGUUGGGGCCCGGUCCUGGCUUGGAAAGAUUUUGCGCUGAACCGGUACCGGAUGAGGAGGUUCUCGAAACCCCGCCGCCGAUAAUUAUGCCGGGUCAACUCGCCUUUUCCUUUACGGGAAUCCACUCAUGGGUUGAGCGAACUAUACACAAGGCGGGGGGACUCCAAAACACUCCUAAAAGGGCUGUUGCACGCGCCUUCCAAGAAUCAGCAUUCCAACAACUGACAAGUAAACUGAUUCUGGCUUUCAAGUGGUGUCAAAAUCACGACUGCCACGUACAAAACGUCAUUGUCAGUGGUGGGGUCGCGAGCAAUCUACUUUUGAGGAAACGUCUGAAAGACCAACUUGCCCCUUGGUCAGUAGCACUAGACUUUCCUGACCCUUCUCUCUGCACAGAUAAUGCUGUGAUGAUUGGGUGGGCGGCCAUGCAUCGAUUCAUGGCGGGCGACCAUGAUGAAUAUUCUAUUGGAACUUUACCCGUCUGGAGUCUGGAAGAUCUGCGGAAUCCUCCUCCUCCUCCAGCCGUACGAUAG